CAGUUGCGCUCUUCCUCUUCCCAGCAACAAUUUCGUGAAUUCGCACGCGAAAGACUCAUAAAAUCCUGCAAAAAUGGUCGGAAUAACGCCCGCAGAGAAGAAAACGCUGAUAACGCGCAACCUGCAGGAAACGCUCGGCGAUGACAAGCUGACCAAGAUCCUGGCAGAGCGAGAUCUCAAGAUUUACUGGGGAACAGCGACGACGGGCAAGCCACAUGUCGCCUACUUUGUGCCCAUGUCAAAGAUCGCCGAUUUCCUGAAGGCAGGAUGCGAGGUGACGAUCCUGUUUGCCGAUUUGCACGCCUAUCUGGACAACAUGAAGGCCCCGUGGUCUCUGUUGGAGCUGCGCACCCAGUACUACGAGCAGGUCAUCAAAGCCAUGCUCAGUUCCAUUGGCGUUCCGCUGGACAAGUUGAAGUUCGUCAAGGGUAGCGACUACCAACUGUCCAAGGAGUACACCCUGGAUGUCUACAAGCUCAGCUCCGUGGUCACGCAGCACGAUGCUAAAAAGGCGGGUGCCGAGGUGGUCAAGCAGGUGGAGUACCCACUUCUCUCCGGUUUGCUUUAUCCCGGACUGCAGGCUUUGGACGAGGAGUACCUCAAGGUCGAUGCCCAGUUCGGUGGCGUGGACCAGCGCAAGAUUUUCACCUUCUCGGAGAAGUACCUGCCGCAGUUGGGCUACGAGAAGCGCAUCCACUUCAUGAAUCCCAUGGUGCCCGGUUUGGCUGGUGGCAAAAUGUCCUCAUCCGAGGAAGACUCCAAAAUCGACCUUUUGGACUCACCGGCCAACGUGAAGAAGAAGCUUAAGAAGGCCUUCUGUGAGCCAGGAAACAUUGCCGACAACGGUCUGCUGUCCUUCGUAAAGCACGUGCUGUUCUCGCUUUUUAAAGAAGGCGAAGGAUUCGAGGUCAACCGAGAGGCGGAACAUGGUGGGGAUGUUACCUUCCUGAAGUACGAGGAUCUGGAGAAAUACUACGCAGAGGACAAACUGCAUCCGGGUGAUCUGAAGGCCACCGUGGAGAAGUACAUCAAUCGUCUGCUGGAUCCUAUUCGCAAGGCCUUUGAGAAGCCAGAACUGCAGAAACUGAGUGCUGCUGCUUACCCACCACCUGCUAAAGUAAAGGCAGGAGCUGCUCCGGCUGCUGGAAUCGAUGAAGAUGCGCCCCAUCGCCUGGAUAUCCGCGUGGGCAAGGUAGUGGAGGUGGCCCGUCACCCAGAUGCCGAUACACUUUAUGUGCUGAAGAUUGACUUAGCGGAGGAGCAGCCCCGAACAAUCAUCAGUGGUCUGGUGAAGUUUGUCACACAGGAGGAGCUGGAACAGCGUCUGGUGGCGGUUCUGUGCAACCUUAAGCCAUCGAAGAUGCGUGGCAUUCUAUCCGAGGGAAUGGUCCUGUGCACCUCCAAUGCUGAUCACACGGUAGUGGAACCAAUUGUGCUGCCAGCAAAUGCCACUCCCGGCAGUCGCCUUGCCUUCGAGGGAUUCAGUGGCACGCCCGACGAGCAGCUCAACCCCAAGAAGAAGGUGUGGGAGAAGCUUUCCGCCGACUUCAAGACCAACAGCGAUGGACUGGCCGUGUGGAAGGACAACUUCCUGCUGACGCCCGAGGGCGAGAAGCUGUCCAGCAAGCUGGCGAACUGCUCCAUUAAAUAGGAAUCCAAACGCCAGCCUACCUGAGCCGUGUAAUACUUACAACUAAGCCGAAUGUUCACAAACAAGAAAUUGCUGCUAUUUAUUGAUUCCCCUUGUAAAGAAGUGCAUUUUUGUUAAAUAAAGCUCUCAAAAAACUA